UUCGUUUUUCCUCGUCAGAAGAAGUGAUAAACAAAAACACUUCUACCUACUCACCACCUACCUCUUCUUCUGCUUCUGCUUCUCUAGCUUCCUCGCCGGAAAAACUUUCAGACCUCGUCUAAACAAACCCACUUCAUCUUCAUCUUCAUCUCCAUCUCCAUCUCCAUCUCCAUCUCCAUCUCCAUCUCCAGCAUGGGCAGCCUCCACGCCGACGUUCUUGAGAACAACUCAGCUUUUGGCUUGAACCCUCUAGACCCGGAGGAAUUCAGGAGGCAAGGCCACAUGAUCAUCGACUUCCUUGCUGAUUACUAUCGAGAUAUUGAGAAGUACCCGGUUCGUAGCCAAGUCGAACCUGGUUACCUUCGUAAACGCUUGCCGGAAUCGGCUCCGUAUAACCCCGAACCCAUUGAAACAAUUCUGCAAGACGUGCAGAAAGAAAUUAUCCCCGGCAUAACACACUGGCAGAGUCCCAACUAUUUUGCUUAUUUCCCUUCCAGCGGCAGCAUAGCUGGUUUCCUCGGGGAAAUGCUUAGCACCGGAUUCAACGUCGUUGGGUUCAAUUGGAUGUCUUCGCCUGCUGCCACUGAGCUCGAAAGCAUCGUCAUGGAUUGGCUUGGGAAGAUGCUUAAGCUCCCCAAGUCUUUCCUCUUCUCCGGCAAUGGUGGUGGUGUUUUACAGGGGACAACCUGUGAAGCCAUCUUGUGUACAGUUACAGCUGCUAGAGAUAGAGUGUUGAAUAGGAUUGGUAGAGAGAACAUUGGGAGGUUGGUUGUUUAUGCGUCGGAUCAAACUCAUUGUGCCCUGCAAAAAGCUGCCCAGAUCGCAGGGAUCCACCCAAAGAACUUCCGCGCCAUUGCAACCAGCAAGGCCACCGCAUUCGGGCUGUCUCCCGAUUCCUUUCGAUCGACAAUUGUUGCCGAUAUAGAGGCUGGGCUCAUCCCAUUGUUUCUUUGUGCCACCGUGGGUACUACAUCAUCCACAGCCGUCGACCCCAUCGGUCCACUAUGUGAGGUGGCCAAGGAGUACGGAAUAUGGGUUCACAUCGACGCUGCUUACGCCGGGAGUGCAUGUAUUUGCCCAGAGUUCAGGCACUUCAUUGAUGGGGUGGAGAAUGCAGACUCGUUCAGCUUCAAUGCACACAAAUGGUUCUUCACUACACUGGAUUGCUGCUGCCUUUGGGUCAAGGACCCAAGCUCUCUCGUUAAGGCCCUCUCAACCAGUCCUGAGUACUUGAGAAACAAAGCUACUGAAUCAAGGCAAGUAAUUGAUUACAAAGACUGGCAAAUAGCACUCAGUCGUCGGUUCCGAUCCAUGAAGCUCUGGAUGGUUCUUCGUAGCUAUGGUGUGGCCAACCUGAGAAAUUUCCUCAGGACCCACGUGAAAAUGGCUAAGCAAUUUGAAGGCCUCGUGGCCAUGGACAAGAGGUUUGAGAUUGUGGUACCUAGGAACUUUGCCAUGGUCUGCUUCCGCCUCCUUCCACCGGCGGAGGAGCAGAAGGUGUACGCUAACGGCAACUCUGCUUAUCACCAUGACCACAAGGCAGCCGAUUUGGAACGUGCAAACGAACUCAACCGUAAGUUGCUGGAGUCCAUCAACGCAGCUGGCCGCAUCUACAUGACCCAUGCCGUCGUCGGAGGCAUGUACAUGAUCAGGUUCGCCGUCGGUGCAACCCUCACCGAGGACCGCCAUGUAAAUUUGGCAUGGAAGGUGGUGCAGGACCAUGCCGACACCAUUCUUCAAGCGUAGUAACUGUUAAGGCGGCCGCCGUACUUGUUGUUGCAGAUGAGGAUUCGAUCCAAGUUGACGAGAGAAUCAAUAAGACCCAAAAAAUGAAUAAAAGAGAAAAAAAAAAACAAUUCCCUGGGUUGAUUAUUUUUUACUUGAUUAUUAUUUUUUCUUGAAAAUUUUGAAUCUGUUAAAUCUACGUUGAAUUUGUAUGUAAUGUACGCAGUAAAUAUUAUUAAAAAUGUUAU